AUGCCGCGGGUCGCUCUCUCCGAAUCUAUGGUGAAAGACUUUCAUCCAUUGUUCUAUGAGCCAGGAACUCAGUUGGAAACAUUGCCUUACUUCCUGAAUCUCGAGACGCCGACACACCAGGGUGAUCAGCUGACGACAAAGCGCAAUGACUGUGCACUUACACGGCUUGGUAGUCUACAAAGCGAUCAGAACGUCAACGACGUUGGAUUCCCAAUCCGCGAGAUUUCCUCGAAAACCGUAGGGGCUUCCUCGGAUCACGAGCAAAGCCUGGACGCGUAUAUGUACGAAGGCACUGAAGACAAGGGACCAUCUCUGACAGGAAAAUUCCCUUGCUUUGCAUGUCCUUUUUACAGGAAUGAUGCGAUGCGCCAUAUUGAUUGUUUCAGUCUUAGAAUGGUACGAAUUCGAGAUGUCAAACAACAUCUCAGGAGACGACACGCAGAGCCGUCACACUAUUGCCCGACAUGUUACCAGAAGUUCAAAACGGAGAUGGAUAAGUCUCGUCACAUUUCGGAUCAGUCAGCUGGAAAGUGCUCUCCGGCGGAAGGAGGUCUCGACUUUGUAACACUGCACGCCCAAGACCUUCUCAAAUCCAAAGUGAGCAGAAGGGCUACAGCAUCGGAACAGUGGUAUACCGUUUGGGACACAAUCUUCAAGCCAAAGCCAAAGCCAAGACCAGAUCGUCCUUCCAUGGGGACAUUUGCAGAAGAAACCAUCUCUUUACUACGGACUCUCUGGCGGCAUGAAGGAGACCAAAUCAUUUCGCGAUCCUUAGCAACAAGACAACUCUCCACUAGGAAUGUUGUCUAUUUCAAGGGCAUUGUUCAUUCCGUGAUGGAAGAAUCUUUUGACAUGUUUGGGAUGAGACUUAAAUCAUUGCAGUCCAUGGGGGGUUCGACUUCUCCUUCGAGACAGGAAAAGCCUUAUGACGUUCACCGACGACACAAUGCUUCAUAUGACAGAGAUGAGCAAGUUUUCGUCACCACCGCAGCCUCUUCAAAUCAGGGUGGAUUCGAGUCCGUCGUUGACAAUUGCUUGCGCGAGAUAGAAAGAAACAUAAGUUGGGACUGGAUCUCCGAGAAUCCUAUCGCGGAACUUCAUUUCACGCCUGAUCAUGGCGCAUUUACAAGCGAUGUUGAGAUAAUGGGUGGCAUCACUCGGACCAAGGAUUUCUCCGAGUCUGACUUCCCUGGCGAGAAGAGCUGA